CUUUGGGUUAUUAUUAAACUACGGAAAUUUGAAUACUUCCUGACAUGUUAUUAUUAUGUGAUUGUGCCGUCUAGUUUAUUUUAGCAGAAAUUGUAGACUGGCGAAAUGCUGCGUUAUAAACCUAAACUAAAUCCCACAUCUUCACCUAAAAACGAACCUAUUAGUUACAGUAGUUUUAAAGAAAUGUCCAAAUAUGACAAUUAUAAAAGGAAAUACAAGAAGAUGAAAAAGAUGGUGCAGGAACUUAUUUUUGAGAAUGCUGCUUUAUGUGAUCAAAUUGCUAUAUUGCAAGAGAAAACUUUGUUGCUGAUUGAAGAAAGGAAUUUUCUCUGGAAAAAACUUCAACAAUAUCAGCCAUAUGGAGACAAUGAUUCUCACUAUCGCACUCAAGGAAUGUCCCACAGUACUGAUGGAUCUGUUAAGAAGGGGUCAACGAAGCGGCGCAAUGAUAGAAUAGCUUCUGACUCAUCUGAAGUAAACAAAACACCUAAAAGUAGUAAGAAACCAUCCAGUUUGUGUAAGAAGAAAAAACUUGUCAAUUCUAUUCCAUUAGAUGCAAAUGGAAAACCAAUUUUUCCUAUAGUCUUAGGGGAUUUUACUGUGCACAGUCUUGGAGAGGUUUGUGAUAAAAGUGAAUAUCAUACAGAGGAGCUGAUUUAUCCUGUCGGGUAUUGCUCUACUAGGAUUUAUGGAAGCCUAAAGGACCCUGAAAAGCAGUGUGUUUACACGUGCAAGGUCAUGGAUGGAGGUCAAGCUCCUAGAUUUGAAAUAGUUGCUGACACAGACCUUGAUGUACCCCUCGUCAGUGGUUCUAUCGAUGAAUGCCAUUCAAUGCUUCUACAAUUGAUAAAUAAUUGCCUUGGUGCUGAAGUAGUAAACACUAAAGGUCGAGGAGCAGAUUUCUUUGGUAUGUCACAUCCAACGGUACAUCAUUUGAUACAGGCCUCUCCAGGUGUUAGGAAAUGUAAAGGAUAUGUAUGGACAAAAUUUGAGCAAGUUAGCCUGUCAUCUCAAAGUUCACCUGAUGAAUUAGAGGCUUCGUUGAGUUAUUCUGCUUUGCUUAGGUCUAUUUCAUUUUCAAAAUCUCAUCUUGAAAAUGUAAGAGAAAAAGAUGAAGAAUCAUUGCGUGGUAUUUUAUUAUCAUAACAUGUGUGAACAAUUUGUAUAGAUAAUCUUCUUCAUUAUUGCAUAAAACAGAUUUAUAUGAAAAAUAUUGUAUAUUUAUGUAUAUGUAUAUAUAUAAAUGUAAUUAAAUAAAACAUAAAUAUUUGCAACAUAUGUUUUU